CCCGCCCCGCUGCCCUCGGGCCCAGGGCCGGCCCGGCCCCAAGCACUGGCCUCCUUGGCCAUGGCGCGCGCCCCGGGCUCCGAGCGGCAGCUGCUGGUGGUCUACACCGGCGGCACCUUGGGUAUGCGCAGCGAGCGCGGGGUGCUCGUGCCUAGCCCAGGCCUCGCUGCUGUGCUGCGGACCCUGCCCACAUUCCAUGAUGCGGAGUGUGCCCGGGCCCUGGGCCUUCCGGACGACACCCUGGUGCUCCCCCCUGCCAGCCCUGGCCCCAGGGUCAUCUAUACAGUGCUGCAGUGCCAGCCCCUCUUGGACUCCAGCGACAUGACCAUCACCGAGUGGGUCGAGAUAGCCCAGACCAUAGAGAGGUACUACGAGCAGUACCAUGGUUUUGUGGUCAUCCACGGCACAGACACCAUGGCCUUUGCAGCCUCCGUGCUGUCCUUCGCGCUGGAAAACCUGCACAAACCUGUCAUCCUCACUGGCGCCCAGGUGCCCAUAUAUGCGCUGUGGAGUGACAGUCGGGAGAACCUGCUGGGGGCUCUGCUCAUGGCCGGCCAGUACGUCAUCCCUGAGGUCUGCCUGUUCAUCCAAAAUCAGCUGUUUCGGGGCAACCGGGUAACUAAGGUGGACACCCGGAGGUUUGGGGCCUUCUCCUCCCCCAACCUGCCCCCGCUGGCCACCAUGGAUGCAGAUGUCACAGUGGCCCAGGAUUUGGUGCGGACAGCCAAUGGGAAGGAUGCACUGGUGGUACACAGCAGCAUGGAACGCAAUGUGGGGAUACUGCGUCUGUACCCUGGGAUCCCUGCCUCCCUGGUCCGGGCCUUCCUGCAGCCCCCCCUGAAAGGCGUGGUCAUGGAGACUUUCGGCUCAGGCAAUGCACCCACCAAGCCUGACCUGCUGCAGGAGCUUCAGGCUGCAGCCGAGCGAGGCCUGAUCAUUGUUAACUGUAGUCACUGUCUGUGGGGCCCUGUGACCCCAGGCUAUGCAUCAGGCUUGGCGGAGGCAGGCGCCAGCAUCGUCUCCGGCUUUGACAUGACCUCAGAGGCCGCCCUGGCCAAGCUGUCGUUUGUGCUGGGCCAGCCAGGGCUGAGCCUGGGUCACAGGAAGAAGCUGCUGGGCAAGGAUCUUCGAGGGGAGAUGACAGUGCCAGUGGCGGACAAGCACAGGUCCUCUUUGCAGGGCACUGUGCUGGGGCGCAGUGUUGCCUGGCUCUUUGGUCUGAGUGGUGGCCAGGAGGUGGCUGCGCUGCGGGAUGCCAUGUUACCCAGCCUGGCCCUGGCUGCUGCCCAUGCAAGUGACCUCAAGGCUCUGCAGGCGCUUAUGGAGCUGGACAGUGACCUGUGCUUGGAGGACUGUAACGGCCAGACCCCAUUGCAUGUAGCUGCACGGAGGGGACAAGAGGGUGUGGUCACCAUGCUGCUGCACAGAGGCGCAGAUGUGGAUGCCCGUGACCAGGAUGGCCUCAGCCCACUCCUGUUGGCUGUGCGGGGCAGGCAUCAGGGCACCAUUGGGCUGCUGCGGAUGGCUGGGGCCUGCCUGACUCCCCAGGACCUAGAGGACACAGGGACAGAGCUGUGCAGGCAGAAGCUGCUGGGAAUCUGGAGGUGGUGGCCCUCCUGCGGAGCCUGGGGGUUGCAAGCCCAGAAGCACUGCCUAGCACCUGACCUGCAGUGUCCUGCUGAACGUGAGCCACUCCUCCAUCUGCCACCUUGCCUCGGCCGGCCGGCUAGGAGACUCAUGAGCCCUGCCCAGCGGGAAGCACUCCACUGCUUGGCCUGUCCCCCAGGCUGUCUCAAUGACAAAGCGUAAAGGUCUUCACUGGGCAGAAUGGCAAUAAAGUUGCUGCAGGAUGGC